CAUGCGCAAUGCGCAUGUCGAAUUCGUCAUUCAUCGUUCGUUCGCUUUGGCCGACAUCGCGGAACGGUCAUUUUUUCGUGAUCUGCAUUUUUUUGCCAACGAGAUACUAAACUUAUAAUAAAACAAAAUGCCUAACCAGGUGUUAACUAUAGAGCCUCAAAACGAACUAAAAUUUAAGGUUGAUUAUUCAGGACUCUUCGAGUCAGGAUGCACCACGUACAUGCGAUUGACAAAUCCCUCAAAUGAUACGGUACUCUUCAAGAUAAAAACUACUGCACCAAAGAAGUACUGUGUACGUCCUAAUUCUGGCGUGCUUGAGCCAAACUCUAAAGUGGAAAUAGCGAUUACUCCACAGCCUGUGUAUGUGGACCCCAAUGAGAAACAUAAACAUAAGUUUAUGGUCCAAAGCGUGGUUGCUCCAGAGGGAAAGACCAAUAUUGAUCAAGUGUGGAAGGAAAUCAGCCCAGAUCAGUUGAUGGACUGCAAGUUGAAGUGCGUCUUUGAAUCUCCUCGUGGAACUAACUUGAAUGAUGCUGGUGAUAAUGUCGCUCAGAACGAAGUGACCAAGAAGCGUGUCGCGGUGGCGGAUGAGGCAAAGUCGUCGACAAAGGAUGCCGUAGAAGGUCUUAUCCAGAAUGAAGCAAAGCGGAAGGAUGAUGAUCACACUACUGGCGCGAAAACGACUUUGAUUUUCCCCAAGCCUGAGAACGCAGACACUGAUUUGCAAAAGGCGACCUUAGAAGUUAUUCUUUUGAGGGAGGAAGAAAGCAAAUUAAGACAUGAAAAUCUGCAACUAAAAGAGGAGCUGAUGCGCUUGCGCCAGUCCGCGGGCGGUGACGGUCGCAUGGCGCGCCCUCACUCGUACGGACCCGAAAAGAACGCACAGAUUGCACUGAUGCCUUGGGUCCUGACCGCCGUCGGCAUGGCGCUCCUCGGCAUUAUCAUCGGCAAGUUCCUUAUGUGAAUGGUCCCCUCAACCCCGCGGUGACCUUGACAUCGCCUCACAGAUACCGCUGUUACACCGCUCCCGAUGCAUCCCUCUCGCACAAGGCAGCUUAUAAUUUUUGUAGCAACCUCUCCAAAGCUUCCAUCGUGCCGUUCUUGUGUUCCUCUAAGAGUUUAAUAUCUAAGUUAGUGUAAUUCUCCGUUACACGAAUAUUUGUUUUGUUUAUGCAAUCACGCUUAUUGUUGUUUAUCCACGAAACUCGCCAAAACUAACUACCUGUACCUUUUAGUGUCAAGUUGUCAACAUAAAAUUCCAACUAAUGUUCUGUUACUUUCAAAAUAAUUAGGUAAACGAGUUAUUACUAUAUUCUUGAUAGAGUGCUUUUCCAAUUUCAAGGCAAACAAUGUGUUCCUGUUAGUUGUUUGUUAAUUUUAUGAAAAAAUGUAGCAAAUCCCUUUAAAAUAAAUGAUUGAAUUUUGUAUAUAUUCACAAGUUGAUAUAAGUACCUUCUUAAUAUUACCUCUUUGAAAUACUUCUAGUAUUUAUGCCAAGCCAUUCUUCCGAAGCUAUAAAUCGCCCUAAACUUGAAAUAUUAACCCUUUUCAAGAAAAUUGUUGUCAUAUUUCUACAUCCAGUUGUCCUGUGUGUAAAUGUGAGAUAGGUGCUUAAGGUUGCUUGCCGAAAGAUCGCUUAUUACGGCUAGUUUAUUAUACUCAGAACUUGAGACUUUAUUCUGUCUAUAUCAGCUGUUUAAAGUUGAUAGAGCCAGAAUUAUGCGUCAAGUCAGUUUUAUUUGUGAAUCAGUCCAUAAUCCACCUUUCGAGUCCCUGAGUUCUAUAUUGUUUAUAUCCCAGCCAUGCCCACGGUAAUACUAAAUAUUUUAGAUGUUGUUCAUUCACAUUUAUUGUAUUUUAAUGUUGCAACUUACAUAGAAUCUAGCAUAUUCACAUGUUAAUUUAUUAUAAGUAUCACUACUUUUUAUGUUAUACAAAACAUUAUUACAAUCGUCAUCUGUAUGAAAAGCAAUAAUAGGGUUAAGAUCACCGAGCUGACAAAUUAUUAGUUGUACCAGAUUAAAUAAUAAUAUGUAAGUUCAGAUGAUACACCAAAGGUGUGGAACUAUAGUGAGCACUUGUGUUAUUAUUGUCUACUAUACAUUACAUAUAUUUACAGCUACAUAAUAUAUUAGAGAGCGAGAAAACAAAUUUUAACAUGUUGUAUCUGUGCUCUUCUGAUAUAUAGAUAUAAAAUAAUUGUUGGUGAUAGAAGCUAGUAGUCUACUUGAUGUCAAUGUUUGGAAUUUGCAAGCUUGGUGAGAUUUUCCCGCGAAACUCUUGAUUCUAAUGUAUUAAGGUAACACCUACAAUCAAUAAUGUGAUAUAAAAAAUGCAAUGAGUAGUGUUAACAAAUCAUAUUCAUAUUUACAUAAUAAAGCAUUUUUAUAAACAGUGGUAAGAUGUCAGGGCAGUAGAUCGGUCAAUAGAUAUUAUAUUUAUCUAUUAUAAAAUAUUUUUUGCCUAGUUUAUUGAGUAAUGAUAAAGUUGUAACCGUGUUUCCUUGAUAAACUUUGGUGUUAACAAAUACUCUCCGAGACACCAAACCUAGUUCAAUGUGAACAUAGUUAAUAUUAAUUGCCAUUAAAAAUAAUUGUUUUGGCAAAACACCAAGAAUUAUCAAGAAGAGCGGGGUACUAAAUGCGGCUUGCCAAGUGUGCUUGUCGGCAUUUACUAAAUUGAUGAUAUGGAUAUAAAACUAGUGUAGUACACAUGAUGACAGCAAUAACUUCCAGCUUAUGUAUACAAAUAGCAAGGUGAUGUUGGAUAAAGUUGACAAAGUCGGAUUGGACGUCGGUCGGUCGGUGGUAGUGCUAGAGGUAGCAAUGUUUCUCGUAUUACCUGCGAAGCCAUAGACUAGAGACGUGACUUACGUGAAGUACUUGAAGUGCCAUCAUUUCUUCCAUUGUACUUGUGUCAGCUACCUGCAUUGCCUUGGGCACAUAGAUUUAACGUAGAACAUAUUUUUUACAGUAUUCAGAAGUUUUUAAGGGUUUUUAAACUGUAGUUUGGUGCCUCUAAUACAGAGUCUAGAACUAAAUUGAAGAAACAGGUUGCGUAAUGUGUUGCUUAAUAUUGUAUUUAAAUUAACGGGCCACACAAUAAAUUAACUGGCAAUGCUGCUACCAGUAUUUACCGAACAUGCUACAUAAUACUGUAUCUUAUGCAUUUUUUUCUUUACUUUUAAUAAACAGUCUGGAUUUAGAUGAAAAUCAGAUUAUGUGUAAAAAACUAUAUGUAAUAAAUACCAUAAACUAUUAACAUUUAUUCCAUUGUAUUUAAAUAAAUUGUUUUUAUAAUAUUAAUUAUGUUAAGCAUAUUUUUGGAAAGUUAUUUCUUUUAAAAUCUAUGUUAGGUGUUUGUUUGAACUAAGAUUUGAAUGUUAUGAAUUCAUAAAUUUAUUAUUGCCCACCAACAUUAUAGUUUGUGUAUCACAUAUGCACACUUAAAUUAGGAACAAAUUGCCAGGCUUUAUAUAGCAAUAAAUACUAUGUGGCCCGCCAUCUACUGGCGACAAAUAUUAUUGGAUGCGUUUGGUAUUGGAUCUUAAGUAUUUCUUCAAUUUAGGAAACUGACUCAAUACCGAAUAUUACGUUAAAACUAAAUUCCUGUAAAAGUGAGUCGUACUUAGUAAAUAGCAAUAGCGUCUGAAGCAAAUAUUUAUUUGUUAAAAGUGCAGGCAAUAAGAGUAAAGUAAAAUAAUUAAAAACAUCAUAUUUACUUAGGGUAAUCGUUAGUUCCAGUUAAUUUAUGCCUCGUGUCGUCGUGCAUAAGUAAAUUAAAUAUCAUAAAUAAAUUAUACAGUGUUGUCUUAAAUUAUAUUAUUGGCUUCUGUGUCAAUCAGAGUGAAUCAAUCGUAUUCUAAAUAACAAUUGCGCUGUGCGAAAUAUAAAUGUUAGUACUAUGUAUUGUUACUAUUAUUUACAAAUACUAAAAUAUUUAGCGUAUGUUACUGUUCGUGACGACACACUGUGCGUUCCCCGAGUAGUCUAGAUAGAGCUCGGAGCCUUCAGAAGAUGAGAUCUAUUUAUUUAUAGUAGCUGAAAGUGCAGUCAAGUACACACGACGAUCGUCGGCGCUGGCAGGCAAUGCACACACUACGCAUCUAGCAGUGCGUCCGUAUAGCGUACGUUUCGAACUGUGUAUUUGUGCUGCAUACGCCGAAAUAUUAUAUAGAACAUUAAGUCAUGUAUUUUCGUAGACUACUUACCAUACCUGAAGAAACAGCCUUCAAUAUUUAGGGUUUAAUGUUAUGACGUGUUAAGUGGGAAAUAUAGUAAAUAUAAAUCAGGUUCAUAUACUUAUUGUGUAUUUUGAUGUAAGAAUUGAGUGAAAUUGUCUCGUCGUUUUUUUCAACUUGUGUACAAUUUUAGCUUUUGAAAUGUUCUUAUCGUAAGUGCAAAAGUAUUUGUUUAAAUUUUAUGAAUUCUUGAAAUUAUAUUGAUAUUUAUAUGCUUACUUAAUUGAAAACUAAUACCCUAGAUAAAUAUAUGAUAACGAUACAGUGCGAGUAUUCUUACGAUAAUUAUCUUUCAUUUCUUACACAGUAUUUAGCCCCUGUGGGUUUGGGGAGCAUAUUAGUUGCAUGUUCGAUAGCAAUAUUCACGUGCCGUCAUAUAUAAUUUGGUAGCCGCAUUCUGUGGACUGUAAAAUUAUUUUUAUUACAACGAAUACUAAGUUUAUUUAUUUAAGUGCACAGCGGGAGUAACAAACAGUGAGGAUAGGAAUUCGCUUAUAUAAAACCAUUUGGUUUAUUUACGGCCUGGUCUGGCCUUAGCUGAGCUUUGCAUUUUAAUCUAAUAUGCAACAGUUUAAUUGUUAAAACAUGAUAUUCGCGUAAGUAUUUGUUUCUGUAUGCUAAGAACUGAUCAUGUUCCAUGUUGUGGUUAUAUCUUACAAUUGAAUGUACCGAAGCUCAGCUAGUGUCGAACUGAUACGAAGUGUGAAUUGAGGAUCGUGUGAGUAAAAUUGAUAGUACAACCGUGGCUCUGUUGUGCAAACUCCACGGCUACUAUUCGAUAAUAAACUAGGCAUCAACAUGUCAUGUUUCAUAGCACAUUUAAUCGUAGUUUUGUGUCAGUAUAAUUAGAGGAUUUUCACUCUUGUUUAUGGCAUUUUUAAUUUUCAUUUGUGGUGGUUUUUUUUAUAAUUAAUGCGGAUGGAAAGAAUGUUUAAUUUGUGUAUGACAUGUAUCUCUACAUCAUCUAGAUAAGAUCGAACUAACUGUACAGACAGCUGACGAGUAACAAACGAUGACGGGUCUUUAAAACAACAUAAAGGCACACAAUAUAACGAGAGAUCUCGAGUAGCUAACGAUGACGGGUCUUAACAACAUAAAGGCACACAAUAUAACGAGAGAUCUUUAAAAAUAUUGUUAAUAUCAGCAAAGAGCUCUAAAACGAACAUAAAUAAAUAAUAAAAUAUAAACAUGAGCAUUUUAUAAAGACUAAUAAUACUAAAUUACAUACUAACUGCUUGGAUACAACAAAAGUUUCAAUAGGCCUAUACUUAGGUACGCUAUUAUUAUCCGCCGAAAUAUUACGUCACAUAAACAUUGGUCGGCAAUAUACGGAUUUCCACCCGAAUUUUACUUACAUAACGCUAAACUUAGCAUUUACUGUGGAAGUGAUGGCAACAGUUCAUUAAAAUUGUAAUUGAUAUAAUGUAAAAACGCCAUGCUAAGGCUACCUAAUGAAAGUGCGCUGGUGUGGUUUUGCAAACAGUGGGCUGUGAAUUAAUUCAACACUCAUAUUUAGUACAUGAGUAGGUUGACUUGUAGAUUUCAAACCAUCCAAAUAUGCAACUGCAAGUAACUCUGAAAAUAUCAAUUUUUUAAAUGGCUCUUCAAAGAUACCGACGUUUUAGUCGGUCCUCUGUAACAGCCUAUUGAAAUUUUUACAUCCAUGUCAUAUACUUAAAUCUUCUCGUAAUUAUUUUGUGAGAUGAUGUACUGGUAUAAAACCAUUAAGCAUCGAUGCGUAGUUUUCUUUUAAAUUAUAUCAAUAGUGAACAUUUAAAUUAAAUUUCCGUAUGGUAUUGUUGUUAUAUUGUACUAUUAUGCUAUAUUGUAUCGUUUUCUGAAAUAAAAGACUUAAUUUAUGAA